AACAAAAAGUUAAUUAUUUAUCAAAGGCAAUGCAAAAGUGUUUCAAUUUGGAAAGCAGUGCUGGAGAUCAAGAUUUCUUCACUUUCAAUGAUGAAAAUGAAACUGACAAGACAAGAAACAGUCGUUUUGCAAUUUAUGAUGAUACUAGCUAUGAUUGGUUUGUCACAGCUUUGGCUCUCUUCAAGCAAAAUGUCACACUUGUCACCAUUUAUGCUAGUUUAGGUACUGAUGCUUUGAUUCAAGCUUUGAAUGAAUCAAAGGUAUCUGGUGUCAUGCUUAAUUUUAGUUCAUUGAAGGAAAUUGUUCCAAGAAUUGCUAAAGAAUGUCCAAGAGUCAAGUAUAUUCUCUAUAACAAUAGAAUGUGUGUAAAUAAUUCCGAAGAAUAUGGUAAUGGUGUUGUCUUGACAACUAUUGAUGAACUUAUUGAAAUGGGAUCCCAAGAAAAGGGAGAAUUCAAGAUUAAGGGAACGCCACACGUCAGUACUGAUAUUCAAAUUUUAAUGUAUACAUCAGGAUCUACUUCUGCUCCAAAAGCUGUCAUGAUUACUCACCACAAUGUCUUGUCUGCCGUUGCAUCCUUCAAUUGCUGUAUCGGUGUUGAAAGAGAAGAGGAAUAUAUUCACAUUGCCUAUUUGCCACUUGGUCACAUUUUGGAAAUUGUUGUCCAUAGUAUUAUUCUCUUGAGAGGUGGUCAAAUUUGUUAUGGUAAUGCUAGAUUCCUAAGUGAAGGUACUGCUCUUCCUUCUGGUGAUAUUAAAUUCUGGAGACCAUCAGUUUUGGUUGGUGUCCCAAAGGUGUUUGAUACUAUCAAGAAGGGUGCUCAACUCACUCUCCAUUCUGUUGCUGAAAAGAGAGGUCCUUUCCUCGGUUGGCUUGUCAACACUCUCUUCAAGAUGGCUUACAGUGCCAAGAAGAGAGCCCUUGCUGCUGGCAGAGAUACUCCAUUGUGGAAUAAGAUUAUUUUCAAGAGAUUUACUGAUGGUGUUGGUGGCAGAUUACAGUUAAUGUUGUCUGGCGGUUCUGCUUUAAUUCCUGAAACCCAUGAAUUUUUGAGAAUUUGCAUGAAUAGUGUUUUCAUUCAAGGAUAUGGUUUAACAGAAACUUGUGCCGGAACUUCUGUUGCUAAUGCUUUCCAAACAUUUUCCACUGGCCACACUGGUCCAUUUGUACCAUGUGUUGAAAUUAGAUUGUGUGACGUUCCUGAAAUGGGUAUGUUCCACAAGAAUCCAGGUGGCAAUCCAAGAGGUGAAUUGUGGGUAAGAGGUGAAAAUAUUACUCUUGGUUAUUACAAGCAAAAGGAUCUCACAUUGGAAGCUUAUGGUAAAUUGCCAAAUGAAAGCUCUAAUACCUUCUUCAAGACUGGAGAUAUUGUUGAAAUUUUGCCAAAUGGUUCCAUCAAGAUUAUUGAUCGUGUUAAGAAUUUGACCAAAUUACAACAUGGUGAAUAUGUUGCAUUGAACAAGUUGGAAAGUAUUUAUGGAGAUUCACCUUUCGUCCAACCAAAUGGUAUUCUCGUUUAUGCUGACAGUUAUAGAGAUUAUCCUGUUGCUCUUGCCAUGCCUCAAAAUAAGUAUUUGGAAUCAUUGGCUAAGGAAAAGGGAAUUUCCUUUAACAAGGUUGAAGAAUUGUACACCAAUCCACAAAUCCUCAAAGCCAUCUUGCAAAGUUUGGACAAGAUUGCUACCAACUCUAAAUUGGCAUCUUAUGAAAGAAUUAAGGCCAUCUAUCUCUGUGAAACUGAAUGGACUAUUGAAAAUAACAUGCUUACAGCCACUCAAAAAUUGAGAAGACAUGCCAUUACAGAACACUACAGAGAUGCCAUUGAAAAGAUGUACAAACCUUAAAAUCUAGUUUAAUGUAAAUAAAAUGAUACUUUAUUCACAA